GCAUUGAAAAAAAAUUAGAAAAUAGACAUCAUCCCCUCUCCAAAACCCUAAUAAUGACUUUUGAGUACUGACCUCUUCCCCAAGUUUGCUCGCUCUCUAAAACCCUGUCCGUUUUAUACGCCUUCUCCAUAUCUCCUUCAAAGAUCGUAUUCUUAUUCGUUCUCUACUGAUUGAGUUGCUUAAAAGAUGAACCUAAACAAUGUCAACAUUCCCAAAAUGCCUGGUGGUGCGGCCUCUGCCUUAAUCAAGUUGGGAGUCGUUGCAGGUCUUGGUGUGUAUGGAAUAUCUAACAGCCUCUACAAUGUUGAUGGAGGCCACCGAGCCAUUGUUUUCAACCGUCUUGUUGGGAUCAAAGACAAGGUGUAUCCUGAAGGGACACACAUCAUGAUCCCAUGGUUUGAAAGGCCAGUUAUUUAUGAUGUCCGAGCUCGACCUCAUCUUGUGGAGAGCACUUCUGGCAGUCGAGACCUUCAGAUGGUUAGAAUAGGUCUUCGAGUUCUCACACGACCUGUCCCAGAUCAGUUGCCCACUAUUUAUCGCACCCUUGGUGAAAACUACAAUGAGAGAGUUCUGCCUUCAAUAAUUCAUGAGACUUUGAAAGCGGUGGUUGCUCAAUACAAUGCUAGCCAACUGAUCACACAAAGAGAGAAUGUCAGUAGGGAAAUACGGAAAAUAUUGACCGAGAGAGCUGCCUUCUUUAAUAUUGCAUUAGAUGAUGUGUCAAUUACCAGCCUCACAUUUGGGAAGGAGUUCACUGCAGCAAUUGAAGCUAAACAGGUAGCAGCGCAAGAAGCUGAGAGAGCCAAAUUUGUAGUUGAAAAGGCCGAGCAAGACAAACAAAGUGCUAUCAUAAGAGCCCAGGGUGAGGCUAAGAGUGCCCAGCUGAUUGGUCAAGCCAUUGCCAACAAUCCGGCCUUUAUUACACUCAGGAGGAUUGAAGCAUCCAGAGAAAUUUCGCACACAGUGGCUGCAUCGAACAACAAGGUGUAUUUGAACUCUGAUGAGCUGUUGCUAAACCUUCAGGAUCUGAACUCAGAGCAGGUUGGGAAGAGGUAAGACUCACCAUUUCAAUUUUUUUUCUCUUCGGUGAUAUGAUAUACACAAUUGAUAUAUAAAAAUGCUGCCCGCUCAACUGGGUGUUAUUUAAUCGUUGAGGCACAUUACAUGAUUUACAUUAAUCAUUCAAUGAUUCAGCUAUGCCCUUUGGUUGUUUUCACAAAUGUUUGUGUGUGUGUGUCAAUCAUCUUUGUUUUUGCUUUGUUCGGACAUGUGUUUCUGUGUUAAUACAAACUUGCUUUGAGCAUGCAUAUGCUAUUCCAAAUUCUUUGUGCUUCUCUCUCAAGUUAUCUUAGUAAUGACUCGGUUCAUACCAUAUUAUUAUUUAAUCCCUCCGUCCUAUGUUU